UGGGACCGAGUCAAAAGCUUUUUGGAAAUCCAAAUAUAUACAAUCAAUGUUUUUCUUAUUCUCUAUAGCAUCAGAAAAAUCAUUUAUUGUUGUAAUUAGCUGCGAUGUUGUUGAUCUAUUUCUAAGGAACCCGAAUUGAUGUUCGGAAAUUAAUUUAUGACGGUACAUAAAAUCAUAUAUUUUGUUUGCUAUAAUUUUCUCCAUAACCCGACAAAUGGCACAAGUAAGAGAUAUCGGACGAUAGUUUUCCGGAUUAUUUCUUUCUCCUUUUUUAAAUAUUGGUACAACUAUAGAGUGUUUCCAUAUUUUAGGUAUAGAACCAGAAUCCAUUGAUGCCCGGAAGAUUUCAGCUAAAUAAGGGGCUAUUGAAAGCCAACAAUUUUUAAGAUAUUUAUAAGAUACACCAUCUGGUGAAGUUCCAUGUUUAUUAGGAAGUUUGCGCAAGAUAUCCGCGAUGACUGAAGCAUCAAAUUCGAUAUCAAUUAAAAUAGGAAUGUUACCAGUAGAUGAGUUAGGUAUAGAGGGUAAGUGUGUGUUAUCAGUUAUAGGUGUAUAAUACUUGCUAAAUAAUUUUGCAAAAAUUUCUGCUUUGUUUUUGUCGUGGAUAAUAGCGUUAUUAUUAUAAGUAAGUGAUGGAAGUUCAAGGGAUUUUUUAUUUACAUAAUUUUUCAUAUAU